UAAAAGAGUUGUAUAACAUCAAUUAGAUAGCCAUAAGAUAACGAGUAGUAUCACUAGCAAUGAUAUAAUUAUGAAUAUCAAAGAAAAGUGCAAUUGAAAUCAAGACGGGAGACCGUGAAUAUGUGGGUGCAUCUUUUACUAUUUCUGCAAAUUUUAGUACUGCUGGGCCAAGCUACCUUUGCCAUUCUUGCAAUUGGCUCCACUUUUUAAAAUCCGACUCUUUUCAUUUCAACCCGCCAUCCUACGAAAAGCUUAAGACGCACCACUCGUAACGGUUUCACUCACUGGCGCUGCAAUGGCCGCUCCGGAGCUAGAAGUUGCAGUUUUUAUCGAUACUGAUUUCGGCACCCGCCUGGCUGUUGCCGUUCCCCCGGACAUCGCCGCCGGAGCUUUAAAGAGGGAAGUUGAGAGAGUACAUUUUAACUGUUUCCCAAGUAUAGGAGAGAUCAAGGUGGAUGGAUUCAUGGUGAAGCAAAACUCGAACUUCUACCAUUUGCCCGAUACGUUGCUCACGAAACUCACUUCCCGACUGGAAGUGAUGCAGUUUCUUCAUGUCAAAGCACGGCCUUUGAAUGGGUUUAUUGAGCCUUGUAUACCCAAAAAUGCCGAUUGUUCCCCCAACCUAAACUAUGUCACUUACCCUACAGAAAGACGAGGUUACUUGGGAACUGCCUGCAAGAGUAAAAUCAGAAUCAAUGGCAAGAAACAUACUAGAAAAAGGUUCCAGAGGCAGAAUUGCUUAUCAAGGCUAGUUGGCCGGGGUAUCUUAGCCUGGAAUACAAAGAGAAAGAGGAAAAUAACUAAUAAAAAACAGGUUUUAGAACACAUGGAAAAGAAUUCUGAUACGGAGGGUCUGAUAAAAGAUGUGAAAAAUCACAAUGGUUUGAUUGGUACAUUGUCAUACCAUUGUGUGUCAAUUGACGAAGUGAGGACUACAAAACAAAGGUUGGCAAGCUCCUCAUCGGUAGAGGCAGCCACGGACAGUGAGUUGUCCUCUGAAGCCAUGUCUGUUUCUAGUAUCAUAAAAAGAUAUUUUUCGAGCUAUGACAGAGAGAGCAGCAUUUCAAACCAAUCAAGAUAUGAUAUUACUCGAAGUCAGCCAGGAGAGUAUUUGAAGAUGAAGAAUAUGGGAAGAGGCCCAAGCUCGUUACCUUUGAAAGUGCCAUUUAAACCAUGUCCUCAAAAGGAUGAGAGAUCUAAGCUUGGGAAAAGGCUGGUGAUGGCUUCAUAUAAUCUUGGGAUUUCUCCUAUCGGGGGAAGGCCAGAAAUUUCACUUUGUAAUGCUAAAGGUAAAAAGUUUCAAGAAAUGAUGACUUUAGCUAAAAGUUCUUGUUUUGAGAUAAGUGACAGUGAAAAUUGAACUUAAUUACGAGAUUACUUUUGUUUCCAUAAGUAUAUAGCAAUAUAACGAUGAAUGUCUUGGGUUUUGCCUGUCUGAUUCUGGAUUGAUGAAGCUUCUUUUGUUUUUAA